UGUAGUAUCCAGGAGGGAAACCCCUUCACCCCACUGCACUGUGCUCUCAUUAAUGGCCAUAGUGGUUCUGCAGAGCUGCUGUUGGACUCCAGUGUUUGUAAUUCGCUGGUAAACAUCAGGGAUGCCAAAGGAAGGACCCCACUUCACGCGGCCGCAGCUGCCGAGGAUGUGGCUGGGCUGCAGCUGGUUCUGCGGCAUGGAGCAGACAUCAACGCCGUGGACCACUCAGGUCGUUCUGCACUGAUGGUGGCUGCCGACAAUGGCCGAAGUGGUGCUGUGGCCCUGCUGCUGCACCGAGCCAAAGCCGACCUGUCCCUCCUGGAUGUGAACAAGAACACUGCCCUGCACCUGGCCUGCAGCAAGGCUAAUGAAAUGUGUGCCAUGCUGAUCCUAAAGGAGAUCCACAACCCUAUCCUCAUAAAUGCAACCAACAGUAUGCUUCAGAUGCCCCUCCACAUUGCCGCCAGAAAUGGUCUGGCCACCGUGGUUCAGGCCUUGCUGAACCGUGGAGCCACAGUGCUGGCAGUGGAUGAGGAAGGUCAUACGCCAGCCCUGGCUUGUGCGUCCAAUAAAGCUGUUGCCGACUGCCUCGCUCUCAUUCUGUCAACCAUGAAGCCUUCCUCCUCCACGCCCUCUUCAUCCUCGCCGUCUUCUCCCAGCUUCAACCUGCUCAAGCACUGUGGCAUCACCGCCGCCUGUCCCCCCCUGCCCAAUGGAGGCCUUCGCCAUGGUUACGGCAAAGAUCGCCAUGGUGCUACUAUCGGCUUGGAUGGCUACUUGACCGAGUGAGGCGUUAUUACUCAAAAAAAAAACAAGCUUGGUCACUUGGUUUGGUCCUCUCUACACAUCUAGAUAAACCUAUAUGCAAUUACAGCCACACAUCCCUCCUUUGCCAGUAUCAAAGCUUUUCUUCACAUUUCAGUAGAGAGCGAACACAAAAGAGGACGAAUUUAGCUAUUUAUUUUAAUUUAUUUUCCCCCACUUUCCUUUUCCUCCCACCCACUGACUCCCAUUUUAGAUGCUGUCCAUUCAGUACGAGUCUAAAAUCUAAAAUCUGAAUCUAAGCCAUCUAUUCGAACCAGUAUGAAUCACUGGCGAGUCAGUCCUUUAUUUCUUCUCCAUUUGCAGUCGAUUCGACUCGGUCCAUGUUAGACUUAUGCAGCUGUGUGUCUCCAUGGUAACAGUGAUGAUGGAUGGGUUUCCAUAUCAUGCCUCCUAUUUGCGUGAUGCUGUGGCCUUGCAUAGGAAUUUACAGCCUGCCCUGAGGAACAAUUUAAACGGGUUACACUAGAUUUGCAUGAAUUUACGGGACCAUGUAUUUGAUAGUGGUCUUGUGUGUGUGUGUGUGUGUGCGUGCGUGCGUGCGUGCACGUGUAUGUGUGACAUCCACCUUUGCUCAAUUUUUUUUUUCAUCCCAUACUUGAUUAUUACAUUUCUGAGGUUUUUAUGUGAGGUGCAAUCUUAUUCAGCACAGAUCAGGAAAAGAAACAAACAACUUAACAGAAUCAUAUUGACAGAAGGGAAACCGUACUACCUUAAGCCAAAAGACCAAUGUCCUCCUGAUAGAGGGGUCUGAUAUGUAAUGCUCGUUUACUUGUUAGAGAGAAAAGAGAGAGUUUUCAGUUGGGUGGGUUUUGAGGUUGAAAAUUCACAUUAGGUUUAUAAUGGAGGUGUUAAGUAGUCCAGAUCACUGUUUGUAGGUGGGCAGAAGAAAGAAGAGUUAAAAGUGUCGUGAUGUUGGCCGUUUAAACAACAUUAUGAAGAUGCUACACUAAGGAAGUAUAGAAAGCACAAAUGUCAUACACAGUACUUGCUCCUUGGGACCUUUUGGUUCUAUUUAUUUUGGGGGGUUUUUUUUUUUUGGCCUCAUAAAAUAUCUUCAAUUAAAUCUACUGCUUUGCUAUAAUAAUUAGUGUGGAGUUGCUUUCACAGUGCCUACUGUAUUUAGUUUUGUCUACCUAGGAUCCAAUCAGUUAAACCCCAUAUGCACUCCCUUAAAGUCGUUGUGAAACAAGGUUUAAGUAUUUCAUUAAAUCCGUCAUGAAUCGAUUACCUGAAUAGUUGAACGUAUGAUUCAUAUAGGCUUUGGGGAGUGUAUAUUUGAAGUUUGCACAACUGGAGUGUUCAGGCUGAUUGGAGUGUUUUUUUUUUUUUUUUUUUUUACACGUUUAUGGGGAGCAGUCAUGGGUAUGACCAAAGCUAAGCGAUUUCUAAAUACCAUUUUAAUAGGAACUAAUAGAUAUCCAAAAAAAAAAAUUUUAAAUUAAAGUACUUAAAUAACAUUCACCCCUGCUCUUUUUAAAUGCUUCCUUAUUGCCAAAGGUAGAUUAAUUAACAAAGUUAAGAUUGUGCUUCCAUUAGGUUUUUAGCACCUAAACACAACAUAAGAACAUUGUGAAUGAGUGUUUAAAACAUCCCCUUUUUUUCUGUGCACCACAAACAGGCAAUAUAUGAGACAAUCAGUUGAAAGGGCUUUUAAUUUUGCCAUAGAUUUCUUUUUUCCUAAACAAGCAAAACGUCAACACAUUUUUUCCCCAAUUAGGAAGAGCUAUAAAAAUCUAUAUCCCUUAAUUAAUUAAUUCAUACUUGAGGCGUGAAAUGUGGACUUGUUCUUAAUUAUACCAAUACUGUUGCUUUCACUACCGUAUAUCAGGAUUUAAGUGAUGUAGAUAGAGUAGCUUUGAAGUGUUUGUAACAUUAACUGAUAUUUUAUUAGUGAAUGAAGGUGUGUAGACAAAUGAAACGGUAACAUUAGAUGUUUAAAGGCUGUGUGGAGAGCAUAUUUAUACUGAUUUAUGAAAUGACCUCUUCGUCUUUGUAAUGACAAGUUCUGGCUGCUUAAACAAGUUUCUCCACGCAGACCUGAUAUAAAGCACUUGCUUGUUCAGUAACAAAAAAAGGAUGAAAAAAUACGCUUUUUGCAUCUAUCAUAAGCUGUAAAUGGGCAAAUAUCUGACCUCUACUUGCAAGAGUACAAAUGUGCAUGUGUGCAAAUCAGAUUAGUCAAGAUAUAUUGUAGUGUUUUGCCUGGGAAAAAAAAUCUAAAUGGGCUACAUGACUAAGAGGAAGUCCCUCAUGGGAGUUUGAUUCAAGCUUAUUUACAUGUACUUGAGAUUGACUUUAUCACGUACAAUAACUUUUGCUGAGGAUUGGUGGAGGGAAUUAGUGUGUGUCUAGACAGCACAGGGUGCAAUAAUGAAGCUUGGAAGUUAUUUGCACUGCCAGUUAUACUGCUUGUAGUUGUACUAAAAAAUAUUUAUCAAAUUUGUCUAGCUAGUCAUACCACAACUAGUUGAGUUCGAAAAACAAGUGCCCGUGGAGCCUUUAAUUAGUAAUGCAUUUCAUUUUGGUGCAAGAAAAAGUGCUGCUUUCGAUUGUAUCUUGGAGCAAUUUUUGAUCUUUGACUUUGAUCUUGAGAUCUUUGUAUGUUUAUUAGAUAAAAAUAAUUAUUAUCCAGCCAAAACAAACUAAAACGUAUUUGUUUUAAUUCCUCAAAUUUAGAAAUUUCUUAUUGGCGUUGCACUAAAAUUGUUGAAUUGUUUUAUCGAAUGUAUGCCACGAUGGUAGCUGCUUGCUUCAAUGUUGGUGAAAAUCGUAAAUGCAGUAGUUAGCGAUUAAAUGAUUAGCUGGGCAAGUGGAACUUUGGAACUGAACCCUUUCAGAACCUGAUAGACUGAAGUUGUGCAUUAGGUGUUCUGUGUACGAACAAUAAGGGAGCCAGUCAAAGUGACAAGAUUUUUUUUUUUUUUUUUUCGUUUUUUGUAGAGUACAAUUGGUGAGGGGAGUUUUCUCCCUAAAAUCAUUUAGUGCCAUAACUUUUUUUUCUUUUCUUUUUCCUUUUCCCAUUUUGAUAUGUUUGUAAAAAUGUGAAUGAAUGAUUCCUUGGGUUCAGUUUUUGAGUGUGCGUCAAGACCAUUACCAAAAAAAAAAAAGACGAACAAAGUUGAAGCUAACAUAAGCUACUGUGCCCAUUUAUAUUUUUUGGAGAUCCACAUAGUGUGUUAUUGUAAAAUGCCAGUACGUUCACAAUCAGACUGUCUAAAAAUGCCAGUAUAUUGGUAACUAAGCUAUACUGAUGGGCUGGUUAGCUCUUAGUGGAGCUCACCUUCAUCUGAAAGCUUUCAUGGCUAAGCCAUAUCUUUUUAGCAUUUGCCCUUAUCAGUUGAGUAGCUGGAUUUGAGUCAUUCAGUCAAUGGCUCCUUCAAAAACAAUAUUUUGUAAAUGUUCCAUUGUAAUCGGUAGUUCAAACAAACCACUGAUAAUUUGAGGUUUAUUUCAGAGCAAUGGAAUUAUGAUACGCCUUAAUUUCAUCAUUAACUGAAGGGCAAAUUUAACAUUCACCAAAAUGACACCUUUACAUAGCUUUUCUUGUUUUAUUCUGGAUCAGCAAAUUGUGCCGUUUAAAGAGCUUGUUUUUACAUAAUUUUGCUAUGAAGGGCCAGCUUUCAUUGCCUGUUGACCAAGCUAUAAUGGUUGCAGUAACAUGCAGGCAGCUGGAAACUAGAGUUGUCUAAUAAUUGUAACCAUUUUGUUGGAAAGCAGACUAAUUGUAGCUAACUCUGUGUCCUUAUUGUAUGUCCAUCCUUGCAUUUUUGUAAACUUUUUAUUUUUAUUUUUUUUUCUCUCGCAAAGGUAUUAAUGGCUGAUAGAAUGUCUGAUUUACCUCAGUGGACCUCAGCGUCCUUACUACUUGAAGACACAUCCAUUUAAGGCAAUACUCAAAAGACCCGUUUCGUUUAACCUGUCUCUCUCCCAACUUUUUGCCUUAAGAGGAAACGGUAUAGUUCAGCAAUCGCAGCACUUGAGAGAUUUUGUUAACUUGGGAUCUCCUUCCAAUGAGAUUCAUAAGAAGCACACUGUUCUAUUGGUUGUUUUGCUGAAAGAUGUACCAUAAUGGCUUCUGGCCUCCAUUUAUUAGGAGUUUUUUGCACUAGAACAUAAAAGAAUUGUCUCUCUGUUUAAUACAUAUGUGAAAAAUAUUUAGCUGUAAAAUUUAUUUGGAUUCGCUAAUAUUUGACCAACUCUACUCAUUCUCCUAAAUAAAACUAAAAAAGUACUGGUUUUCACUAUUGAAUAAACCUCAAUUUUCAGAAAAAAAAAAUCAUUAUGGGUAGUGAAUGGUAAAAGAUUUGGGAAUACGUAUGUAUUAUCCAAUGAUAAAUUAUUUUAUACAAGGCAGAGUAGAUACAUUUUCUCAGCAUUUUUCGAUGUCUUCGUUAAAGCAUUUAGGUAGUUAAUACUUGUGUGAUGUUAUAAAUGCAAAUAUUUCUAACAACGUAAAUAACAAGAGCACAAGAUGAUGUGCUGUACAUAAUUCUUCAAGAAGUGUGGUCAGAAUUGCCUUGACAUGGCAAUCUUACCUCAUAAACUAGCCAUCUCGUGCUAUAUGUACUGGUACAUGAAAUUUGGGUGGGCUUUUAGCUACGCAUGCUCCGUGUAACUGGAAUUCUAAGGUCGCGGUCCGAGGCCUUGAAAUGGAAAACGUUGGAGUUUUCAAGGGGUGCUCUUGAACUUGAUGAUGUCCUUCACCCUGGCUUAGUGUUACUUCAUGUUUCUACUCAGUGAGCGCUGAUAGUUCAAAUUGUAAAUCUGCAAGCGAAUGAUCUAAUCAAAAAUAGCUGCUUUUUGUUGUUCUUGCCAGCAGCUUGUUUUCAUAAGGCUUUUUAGAAGACCACCGAAGCCUGACUCAAUGGCUGUUCUGACAGGGCACGUAGGGAUCCCUUUAAAAAACAUUUUCAUAUAAAAAAAAAAGCUAUGCAGGAAUACUUUAUUUUAUCUCGCAGAGUUGCAUAGUGCCACAAGAGAUAUCCCAAGAGCUUCAAUGACUGAUCACGGACCUUCAGACGUUCAUCUGUAAAUCUAACACUGACCUUACUUGCUUGUUGGCUUUGGUUGAGAAAAUGACUGCUUAGCGUGGCAUGCUGCUAUUUCUUUGGAGUCUGUAAGCAUCUUCAUCUCUUUAAAGUACUACACUUUGUGACGAGUAUGUGAGAUUGUGCCUUUUGUUAUCAAGUACAUGCCACAGGGUAUGGUCUUCCAUUAACACCUUUAGUGAGCCUUAUGAAUGAACAACUGUUGGAAGUUUCAAAAAUAGCCACCAUCCACGUGGUUGCGUUUUGAGCCGUCAAAAAUCGCGAUCAAAUUUCUCACGACACCGCAAAUGAAUAAAUAAUCGUUGUAAAUUGAAUUUAACUAUAACAGCGAAACAUUUGAUCGGUUCUAGCUAGUGACCUGUUCAAACUCUGUAUGGAAAAAAUAAAAUAAACGUGUUUAGUUUUACAACGUGUGAACUCUUUAGUGAAGUAGAUGUGUGCCGUGUUGUUUUUUGUGUGGUAAUGCAUUGGAGAUUAGUUGUAACCCAGUGUCUUGUAGAAUGUUGGCAUGACUCCUUUUCUCUAUGUUGUAUUGACGUCAACGUAUCCAUCUGAAAUGGACUAAAGUGCAAUAACUUUUUUUGUGCGCCAUAGUAUCCUUAAAUGAGGAAAAUGCCCUCUUACGUCAUCCAUCGUGUUGUUUUUUCUUUAAGCAGGGUAUUUUAUUUCAGUUUCAGUUACAAAUUUGAACUCCUUUCUGCUUUGCCUCCAUAAGUGGCACUUUCUUGUGGAAUGUACAAUGGACUUAGUGUAAACUGUGAUGGGUGUCAGCCUUAUCAAUUAUUAUUGCUUACUAGAAAGAUGGAAUUUCUGUUUGCUCAUUGGUUGAUUGGUCAGAGAGUGCUGUUUUCCAUGUUCCUUCUCCCAGUGCCAUGUAAAGUCAGUGUCUGCUUUCGUGGCAUGUCAAGCAUUUGUGUGUGUGUGUGUUGGGGGGGUGUAUAGACCUGUUAAUUUACCUCUAAUCAAUUGAUUUGAUACCAAAAGCAAAGUGCAUUGCCUAGAAAUACAGUUUUUUUUGGGGGGGGGGGGGGUUGGUUUGCAUUUGAGAUGUGAUGGUUCUAACUCUGUAACUUGAAUGUUGUUGUUAUCACCAGGGAAAUAUGCAGGGUUUGCGUUCUCCCCACACAUCAUUUGAACUUUGGGCCAUAUGUUAUGUGGUACCAAAAAAAGUUUCAUGGAUUAUUAGAUCAGAUCUUUACUUUUUAUUUUUUUGGUCUGACAUCAAGAUGCCAAAAUUUGUGAUUUAAUGUCUUCAUACGUUUUAGAAAAUAAAAUAAAAAAUGGAACCUGUACCAUAAAGAAACAUUCCUUCGAAUUUCAUUGUACAAAACGAAAGUACCGUUGACAACCAAUACCUGAAGUCAUAUGAUAAUCUUCAGAAUACCUUAAGUUGUAACUUACUUCAAGGUCCUUUUGGCUUCAAGCAAUCAAUGAUUUCAUAUUUGAUAUCACAGGGAGCACACUGAAUAAAGUAAUCUAGUAUUUCACAACAUAGGACCAACGUAUGUCUCUGUAGAGAUGGCCACUUGAUUUCUUUCAAGAACAAGCAAUACAAGUAUCGAGAGACAAUUGUAUAUUUCUAAAGAUUUGUUGGCUCUGGCUGUUUUUGGCCUGGCUAUGUUAUCUGUGGCACCUUAGGUUAACACCCUCUUCUUGUAACUGAAUCCAACAUAAGAGAUUUCAGUGCUGAGAGAGCCUUAUUUCAGUCAAACUGAAUGUGAAUUGGAUGUGUGCAGGAUUUGGCCAUUUCGAAGCGACUGGCUUUAAUCAAGCGGACCUCCUGCGUCCCGUGUUUGAAUCCAGUUUCAAUAGGACCCGCCGUCUUUAAGACUUUCCAAAAGAUUGCUAUUACAAAAAAAACAAAAAUACUAUACAGUGGCUAUGUUUCCAUUGCCAAAACGCCAAAAUACAGGGUUACUGUCACUGCUUCCAAGCUCUGCUUGAACAUGCCAAGUAUUUGAAACGCAUUACAACAUGAAAGAAAUGUGACCCUGACUUUAAAAAAUAAAAAGCCACAAAACUGCACUAUUUACUUGAGUAUUGAACUCCAAGUCGUUCUCUGCUAAUUGUUUCGGCAAUGGAAACCUAGUGACUGAUCGUGUAGGGCAGCACCCAGUGCGUUUGUGUUGUGUGUGCGAGUGCGACGAACAGGGGUCAUAUCAACCCUGUAUACCUCAUCAACAUAUCUGCAAAUAUUCUUAUCCUGUCUUUAAGUUGAACAUGUAAGAGAUACCAUCACCAGCAGAAGCCUGAGACCAUUGCAGGGUCUAUGACAUCACACCAAUUCCGUAUCAACCAAGAUCACCACUUGCUUGCGUAAAAAAAACCUGCCGCUCCGCUUCAGGCCUGACCCAUCGCUGACACAAUGCUUUAGAUUUAGCCAAACGUGAGGCAUUUUAAGUAGCAUUAUCCUACCUCUGUGUUACAGCUUGUUGCGUUGAAAACUCCACCAAUUGUUGACAAAUGGAAAUGUAUAUGUAUAUGGAACAGAUAUAUAACUUCUAACCAACAAUCGGUGAUAUAAGACAACAGUUAGCGUACUUGAUUGCGUGUCUGUCUGUGUGUAACAUGAUAAUCGUUAGUGUAUACACAACAGAGUACCACUGGAAUGUGAAGCCAGACUGUAUUAUUAUUAUUUUUUUCAAAUCCAACUUCCUCCCCAUUAUAUUUCAAAUGAUGUCAUAUGUGUCUUGCCGCUAUUGCUUCUUUCAUUUUUCUUUUUUCUUUUUUGGAAAAAAAAACAGGGGAAAAUAUCAGCCUAUAAUAGCUGGCGUUUACAUUCGUGCUCGUUUUUCCCUCCGUUUCGGUGUCUCUUUCACUUACUCUCACUUCUAAAUGUUCACUGUGAGCGCUCUGAACUCAAGUUUACAGCUCUUCGUGGUAUGUACGUGUAUCUGGUCGAGUUCAGUAGAGUGCGUGGUUGGUUGUAUGACUUUGGUACUGAAGCAACAACUCAAUUUUCUACUGGUGGUGGGGGUUUGAAAGGGGGUUGGUUGGUUUGAGUUAUGCACAUUUAUUCUGUACUAAAAUAUGGGGUAUGUAGAGUUCCCUAGCCUUACACCCUUCCAAAAACACUACGCCGGUCACUGGCUAAUUAGCGUUAGCUGUCCACCACCCUGACAACUUUGUACCUUUGUACAUAUCUGUUUUGGACCUGGGGCACGGGGCUGACUCUGGACAGUCACAUGACCCCUCCUAGACCUGAGGAAGGAGAACCCUCACCCUUUCAACCCCACUAAAAGACCUCAAGCCAUUCAUUUCCUUAUGUGACAAUGCAAUCCUGAAAGCACUUUGCCUUGUUAAUUCAUAGUAUGAGCUUGUGAAUGGUUACUUGUUACUAACAGAUGUGAAACUCUGUACAUGUAUUUAAGUAAGAAAGAACAUAAUCAUUUUUAAUUUGAGCUUAUUAAAAAUGAAAUGGUCUCUCUGACUUUAAAGACAAAAAAAAUCCCAUCUGUUUUUGUUAGUCAGGUUCAUGAACUGCUGCAGCCAGUAGGUCUUGUCAUUCAGUAUCGUGGCUUAGAAUUGGUAAUGUUGAAAUAAAAUGCUAUUGCUAC